GUCCCCUCAGAGCUGUACGGCGGCCGGCGCGGGCCACACGCGGGGGAUGAAUGGAGGUGCAGGGUGCAGGUUGAAAUAAGUCUUCUCUGCGUGGCCCUCUCUCCCGGCUGCUUCCGCCUCCUUUCUUUCUUUUCUUUUCUUUUUUUUUUAAUUUUUGCAGUGUCCCCAUUCUGAUCCCCGCUGUGUCGACGACCUGGUUGGUCCCAGCGUCUGAGUUCUCUGUACCCGAGUCGACUCAGGGCACAGCCGGGGUUUGGGGAUCCGGAUAAUCGCCUAGGCCCAACUUCGGACCGCGCUCUCGACUUCUGCCUCGUCCGGCGCUCGGACGCGGCAUCCGAGUGGGUUCUUUGAGGCUGGAGGGUAGAUCUUAAGGAUCCAGAGUGAGGAUGACUGAGUGCACAAGCCUUCAGUUUGUCAGCCCUUUUGCUUUUGAAGCCAUGCAGAAGGUGGAUGUUGCCCGCCUGGCAUCUUUAAGUGAUCCCGAAUUAAGACUUCUCUUGCCCUGCUUGGUGAGAAUGGCGCUUUGUGCUCCUGCUGACCAGAGCCAAAGCUGGGCUCAGGAUAAGAAACUUAUACUUCGUCUUCUGUCUGGAGUGGAAGCUGUCAACUCCAUUGUUGCACUAUUGUCUGUGGACUUUCAUGCUCUAGAACAAGAUGCCAGCAAAGAACAGCAGCUUAGGCAUAAACUUGGAGGAGGCAGUGGAGAGAGCGUCCUGGUAUCGCAGCUGCAGCAUGGACUGACCUUAGAAUUUGAACACAGUGAUUCACCUCGUCGAUUGCGGCUUGUGCUAAGUGAACUGUUGGCAAUUAUGAACAAGGUGUCAGAGUGCAAUGGAGAGUUCUUCUUCAAGUCUUCUGAGCUCUUUGAGAGUCCAGUGUACCUGGAGGAAGCUGCAGAUGUUCUCUGUAUCUUACAAGCAGAGCUCCCUUCCUUGCUCCCUAUAGUCGAUGUAGCCGAAGCCUUGCUGCAUGUUAGAAAUGGUGCCUGGUUCUUGUGUCUCUUGGUAGCCAAUGUUCCUGAUAGUUUCAACGAAGUUUGUAGGGGCCUGAUCAAAAAUGGAGAACGACAGGAUGAAGAAAGUCUCGGAGGGAGGCGCAGGACAGAUGCCUUACGCUUCUUAUGCAGAAUGAAUCCUUCUCAGGCCCUGAAGGUCCGGGGCAUGGUGGUGGAAGAAUGUCACUUGCCAGGCCUUGGAGUAGCUUUGACAUUGGAUCAUACUAAAACUGAAGCUUGUGAAGAUGGAGUGAGUGACUUGGUUUGCUUUGUUAGUGGCUUGCUUCUUGGAACAAAUGCAAAAGUCAGGACUUGGUUUGGAACCUUUAUUCGAAAUGGACAACAGAGAAAAAGGGAGACCAGCAGUUCUGUCCUUUGGCAGAUGAGAAGGCAGCUUCUUCUGGAGCUGAUGGGCAUUCUUCCUACAGUAAGGAGUACCCGUAUUGUAGAAGAAGCUGAUGUGGAGAUGGAGCCCACUGUGUCUGUGUACUCGGGACUGAAAGAAGAGCACGUUGUGAAAGCCAGCGCACUCCUGCGUCUGUACUGUGCCUUGAUGGGGAUUGCUGGACUCAAACCGACUGAGGAAGAAGCUGAACAGUUGCUGCAGUUGAUGACCAGCCGUCCUCCUGCCACGCCAGCUGGGGUUCGAUUUGUUUCCCUUUCCUUCUGUAUGCUCCUGGCCUUCUCUACACUUGUCAGCACACCGGAGCAGGAGCAGCUGAUGGUGGUAUGGCUCAGCUGGAUGAUCAAAGAAGAAGCUUACUUUGAGAGUACAUCAGGUGUCUCUGCAUCUUUUGGGGAGAUGUUGUUAUUGGUGGCCAUGUAUUUCCAUAGCAACCAGCUUAGUGCUAUCAUUGACUUAGUCUGCUCCACUUUGGGGAUGAAGAUUGUGAUUAAGCCAAGCUCCUUGAGUAGGAUGAAGACCAUCUUCACACAGGAAAUCUUUACUGAGCAGGUUGUCACAGCUCAUGCGGUUCGAGUCCCUGUCACCAGCAACCUGAGUGCCAACAUUACUGGGUUUUUGCCCAUUCACUGUAUUUACCAACUUCUCAGGAGUCGAUCGUUUACCAAGCACAAAGUGUCAAUAAAAGACUGGAUUUACAGGCAGCUGUGUGAAACCUCUAUUCCCCUCCACCCUCAGCUACUUCCUCUGAUUGAUGUGUACAUAAAUUCUAUACUUACUCCUGCAUCUAAAUCUAACCCUGAAGCCACAAAUCAGCCAGUGACAGAACAGGAGAUACUCAACAUUUUCCAGGAGGUCAUUGGGGGUGACGGCAUCCGCCUUAAUCAGCGCUUCAGUAUCACAGCGCAGCUUUUGGUGCUCUAUUAUAUCCUGUCUUAUGAGGAAGCUCUUCUGGCAAACACAAAGACUUUAGCUUCCAUGCAAAGGAAACCCAAAUCAUAUUCUUCUUCUUUAAUGGACCAGAUUCCUAUCAAGUUUCUUAUUCGGCAGGCUCAAGGGCUGCAGCAGGAGUUGGGAGGGCUGCAUUCAGCCUUACUACGCCUUCUAGCAACUAAUUACCCACACUUGUGUAUUGUGGAUGACUGGAUCUGUGAAGAAGAAAUCACAGGGACUGAUGCGCUGUUAAGGCGAAUGCUCCUGACUAGUAAUGCCAAAAAUCACUCUCCAAAACAGCUUCAAGAAGCAUUUUCAGCUGUCCCAGUAAGUCACACACAAGUGAUGCAGAUUAUGGAACACUUGACUCUACUUUCUGCAAGUGAGCUUAUACCAUAUGCAGAAGUAUUAACAUCCAAUAUGAACCAGCUGCUGAAUUCGGGGGUUCCACGGCGAAUUCUUCAAACUAUCAAUAAGUUAUGGAUGGUUUUGAACACUGUGAUGCCAAGAAGGCUGUGGGUAAUGACAGUUAAUGCACUCCAACCUUCCAUAAAGUUUAUACGACAACAGAAAUACACUCAGAAUGAUUUGAUGAUAGAUCCUCUCAUUGUCUUGAGGUGUGACCGGAGGGUUCACAGGUGCCCCCCACUAAUGGAUAUUACUCUGCACAUGCUGAAUGGGUAUCUGCUCGCAUCUAAAGCUUACCUUAGUGCCCAUCUGAAGGAAACAGCAGAGCAGGAGAGACCUUCCCAGAACAGCACAGUAGGUUUGGUUGGACAAACGGAUGCCCCAGAAGUUACCAGAGAAGAACUGAAAAAUGCAUUACUUGCUGCUCAGGAUAGUGCAGCUGUGCAGAUUCUCUUGGAGAUUUGUUUGCCCACUGAAGAGGAGAAGGCAAAAGGUGCCAGUCCAGACAUCUCCCUCAGGAAUUCUCAGAGUGUCAUCACCACCAGCACUCCAAGGAAAGAAAUGGAGGGAGGAGAAGACAAUCUGCUCUGUAACCUUCGAGAAGUUCAGUGCCUUAUCUGUUGCCUGUUGCACCAAAUGUACAUUGCAGAUCCCAAUAUUGCUAAGCUUGUUCAUUUUCAGGGCUAUCCGUGUGAACUCCUGCCUCUCACAGUGGCAGGGAUCCCAUCUAUGCACAUCUGUCUGGAUUUUAUACCCGAGCUUAUUGCCCAGCCAGAACUCGAGAAACAGAUAUUUGCUAUACAGCUGCUUUCUCACUUGUGUAUCCAGUAUGCAUUACCAAAGUCACUGAGUGUGGCUCGCUUAGCUGUCAAUGUAAUGGGAACUUUGCUAACAGUCCUAACACAGGCUAAGCGGUAUGCUUUUUUCAUGCCAACUCUUCCAAGUUUGGUCUCCUUUUGUCGAGCAUUCCCUCCGCUGUAUGAGGACAUUAUGUCUUUGCUAAUUCAAAUAGGGCAAGUGUGUGCCUCUGAUGUUGCCACUCAGACAAGAGACAUUGAUCCAAUCAUUACACGUCUUCAGCAAAUAAAGGAGAAACCAAGCGGAUGGUCUCAAAUCUGUAAAGAUCCUUCUUACAAAAAUGGGUCCAGGGACACUGGAAGCAUGGAUCCUGAUGUCCAGCUCUGUCAUUGUAUUGAAAGUACAAUAAUUGAAAUAAUAAACAUGAGUGUUAGUGGAAUUUGAAAAAAAAUUAAAUGCAGCUGUUUGGUGCAUACCCAGCAGGAAUCUGGAUUUUAUGACAACUCUUACUGAUGGGAACAGUGAGAUCUUGGAACUGCUGAAAUGAUUCAGUUCAACAUGAGUAUAAUUUAGAACUCUGAGAAUUAUACUUCCUUACGUUUGAUUGGCAUAUCUUUGGAUCUGCUUUGAUGGUAUGUUUAUAUUGUAGCAGCUGAACUUCUUUUCCAUUGGGAAAACUUUAAGAAACUUGUCGCUAAAAAGGGAUUGGGCCAUGCACUUAGCUCUUGAAGGGAAGAAAGAUUGCCAGGCCUUUAAUUUAAUUUCUUAUAAAAAUGAGCCUGUGGAUAUCCUUCAUAUUUGUGCUUUUAACAGUUUUCAGCAAAGAGGGAAUAGGAGGAAGGAGAAAGAGGAAUGUAGGGAAGGAAAAAUUCAGGAACAAUUGCCAGUUAGUACACAGAAAUCUCCGACUUGUAAUACAAGGAACAGUAUUACAGAUUGGAAUUCUAGUUGGUGAUAAACAGUACUAAGAAGGCUUUUUGUUUUGUUUUGUUUUAAAGGCAGGUAAAUUAGGUGUGGUGACACACACCUGUGAUUCCAGCCCUAGGGAGAAAGGCAGAGGCAGGCAGAUCUCUGUGUGUUUGAGUCUAGCCUGGUCUAUAUAGUGCGUUUCAGGACAGCCAGGGCUACAUAAUGAGAUCCUGUUGGGGGUGGGGGGGGAAACAAAGCUAGUAAAUGACUGCCUUGGAAUUACAGAUGAAGAUAUAAAAUUUCACAUAUCUGCUUCGAUUUUUCCUAAUAUAUGAAGCCAUAUGUUUAAAGAGAUACUUGAAUAAUUUGAAAUUUUAAGAUACUGAUUGUAAAGUACUUACAGAAACAUCUUUGUGCAAAGAACCUGAAAGUAAAUUUCAUUUAUUCUUUUUUAAAUUUAUUUUUAUAAUGCUGUAUUAUCUAAUUCUCAGAGGAGCAAAGAUAGAUCAAAUUAAAUGAAUUUUAGAGCAAUAAACCCCAAUAGAGCUUUUGGUUCAUCAUCAGGAUUAUAAUUCACAUUUUACUUUGAGAAGAUCUUUGAGUAAGAAAAUACAGUGUUUGAACCUCAGGAAAAAUUGUAAUGUGGGAAAUACUGUGUUGCUGAAGUUUGUAGUCUUCUGUUAGGAACUGCACAGUUAGGCAGAUGCAUUCAGAUGACCAUAAUCAUUUUUAAAAUCAAGUAGCCAGUGUGGAAGGUACUUCUUUGCUCUCUGAGAAAUACCUCAGUCAUUUGCCACCCCACUCAAAGCAGACCUCGGUGAAGAAGGUAGAAAACUAAAAGGAAAGUUCCUUUUCUUUCAUAAAAGGGACUUUAGCGUCAUCCUUUCCACCACCACAUAGCCGCGUCUCAUGUUCCUCCUUUGUUACUCCUGACCCUACCUCAUGAUGGUGUUCUAUCACAAGUUUAUAGCUGUUUCCAAUCAUGAAGUGCACAGUAUCAUGCAUGAUGGAAUAGAUAUACCUUUUUAUUACAUGCUUAACGUUCAAUUAAGUAAUUUUGAUGUGAAGAGUAAAAGAUAUGCUUUAAAGAUUUACCAUAAGAAUUUUCAUAUUUUUAAAUGAGACAGUUUUGUAGUCUCUUAACAUUAAAUACGACUGCUCCUGUUUUGUUUUUAAAUGAGGCCUUUCUGGAAUAUUUUGUGUGAAUAGUAGAACACAAUUCAGAAAUUGUUUAAAGUAUGUUUUGUAAUGAAAUGCAGUACACAUUUCGUGGAUCCAUUUUCAAAGACUGGUGAUAGAUAACAUACUGUGUUGAAGUAAUAAUAUAGGCUGUUUUCCAUCUGAUUUGUUGAUGCUGUAAAUAAAAUGUGUAAAUAGUAGUAAAUGUUUAUAUUCAUGUAUCUUAAGUUAAGGUUAUAAACUUUGUCACAAUGUGAUUUUUUUAUUCAAGUCAAAACAGAUGUGUGCAACUAUUUUGAAUAUUGAUUUAUAAACAUUCAUUCUUUAUCAAUGAA